CAUUUUGUGUCUGGACAGCUAUCGAAGGUGUACAAAGCUAUCGUCAUUUACUUCUAGUUCUAAACUCUAGUCUUCUAUUUCAAAAUAGGAGAGAAGAAAUAAGAAAAUGGAAAAACGCUUUGGAAAGAAAUUUCUUAGGCCAACAAUUCUAGACGAAAUCCAUAAAAUCUUUCAAAAAUACCCAUACGAUGGUGGUAUUUUAAAGGAAAUGAUUCAGAAUGCUGAAGAUGCAGGAGCUAAAAAUGUUAGUUUCAUUUUUGAUUGCAGAACAUUUGAUAAGAAAUCGAGCUACGAAACCAAUGAACAAGCUUCACUUCAACAACUUCGUUCCAUUGUUUCUUUUAAUGAUGCUCGUGUUACUGCAGAAGAUUGGAAAGGCAUACAAUCAGUUGGUCUUAGUAAUAAGGACAAGAAAGCUUAUAAAGUUGGUAGAUUUGGUUUAGGAAUGAAGUCUCUUUUUCAUUUAACAGACUGCAUACAAAUUAUAAGCGGAGAAGAUGUUUUAUAUCUUGAUCCUUCAUGCAAGUAUUUCAAAGACGAAAUUCAUCAUUAUGAUCUUUCAGAAAUGCUUUCGAAAUGCCCUGAAAAGAAAAGGGAGCUUGAGGAAGCUAGCAAAUUAGUAGCCGAUUAUGAUACCCGCUAUAAUGAAGAUUAUCCAUUUACUAUGUUUCGUUUACCAUUAAGAAAUCAACCAUCUGAUGUAUCUGAUCGAGUUCUUUCCGAUUCAGAUAUUAUUGAAUUAUUUGACCAGUUUAUCGAAGAUGGAUCUAAUAAUCUGUUGUUUCUUAAAUAUCUGCAAUCUAUCAGACUGUAUCGGCUUUCAGAUUCGGGAUCGGCACUACUUUGUAGCAUAGAAAUUACACUAACUGAAAAUAUUCAAAGACAAAGAUUAAUUUACAGAGAAAGUCUGGAAAAUUCUAAACCAUUUCAAAUAUGCUAUGAUUCUUGUUUCAUCAUACAAAAUGGAACAACAAGGAAAGUUGAGAGAUAUCUUGUUGUAGUUCAACAAAAUUUCGAUAAUUCUGAUAUUAAAACACUAUCAAAUAAACUUCACUAUCAACCUUGUGUGGGUUUAGCCGUUCCCCUUGAUCAUUCCCUUUUAGGGGAAGGAUCAUUGUUUACCUUUCUUCCAUGUAGUACAAAUAUAGCAUAUCCUAUUCAUAUUCAUGGAUAUUUUGCUUUAAAUGAUAGUCGAUCUGGUCUGAAAUUCUCAAAGAUAAUGAAUGAUGACGAUUCGAAAUGGAACAUUUUAAUGCUUAAACAUCUACUACCGAAAGUUUACAAUCAAUUAUUUACUUCUCUGUCGGAGUAUAAAUCAGUUGAUAAAAUCAUUGAAUUUUUCCCACCUAGUUCUUCAAAUGAUCCUCUCUGGUUGAUAAGUUCAAAUGAAAUAAUCUCUAACCUACUUAGUUGUAAAUUCAUAUCGGGUUCAUUGAAAAAAACAACACCCAUAAAUACUAAAUUUAUUAUCGAUGAUGAAUAUGCUCAAUUUAAAAUUGAAAUUCUAAAAGCUUCGAAUGAAAACUUCGUCGUUCUUAACAAAGAAACUCUACAGACGUUGCGAACUUUUUUCAAAGGCCAUUUCGUAUGUGAAGUUCAAAUAAAAGAAGUAAUUCUUCAGUUACAGGCACGGAACUGUUGGAAAAACUUUAUAUCGGCUAAAACAAAAAUAGGGAUUCUUGAAUAUCUAUUAGAUUUAAAUUUGGAUGUCUCAAACUUGGAGCUUCUUCCAGUAAAAGAUUCAAAAUCUAAUGUAUCUUUCAGUACAUUUAAAAGGCAUAUUUUCUAUAAUUACAUCUAUUAUCCAUCAAACAACUUAGAUGUAAUACUGAAUGGCGUGGGAAUUGAUUUUAUUGCAGCAAAUUCUUUAACAGAAAAAUGUAAAAGACUAAUUGAAGAUAUGGCUCUUAAACAGAAUUAUCAGCUUAGAAAUAUGGAUAUCUCUAAAUUCCUAUCAUACGUAGAGCAUAUGGAAGAAGAGUUUCAGGAUCAUUCGUGGCUGGAACUAUUUAUCAACUAUAUAUUAAAAGAGCGCCUUAGUAUCGUUACAGGAAAAUUUGAUAACUUGCCUGUGAUAAGACUAACAACUAAUGGAAAAGAUUUUAAGAGCUAUGCAGUAAAAAAUCUUCCAGCUAUUUUUGACGAAGCAAUAGAAAGAAGAGUUGAUAAAAACAUUUUACAAGCAUUUGGUAUAAUAUUGGUUAAGAGUGUGUCAAAAAUAUCUAUACCUUUUUUGAACAUAAGAAAAUCCAAUAACAAUCCUAUUAUAUUCAAUAAUGUUUGCGAAAGAUUGUUUCAAAAUUUAUUCUCCAGUGAUUUUGUAAACACAGGUCAACAUUUAUCAAAUUUGUUUGGUAAAAUGAACAAUCCAAAAGCAAGCGACGUAUUAAACUAUCUUUCUUCCAAUGUUAAAAGUAUACAAGCACUAUCUGCAAAGAUACAAGUUCAAUGGGAAGGACUAAAAAUAUUUCCCCAAUACGAAAGGGACAUAUAUGUUUCGUCCACUUUAACUAAUCAAUUUAUAGAGUGUGUUCCCUUUCCAACAAAAGUAGACCUAAUUAAAAAAUGUGACGAAGUUGAAACACUUAAACAUGUUUUCGGUCUGGAAGAGAUAUCCAUACCUAUGCUACUUUUCUUGAAAGUAAUUCCUAGCAUUCCUGACAAGUAUAAUACAAAGGAAAUAGUUGAAAUCAUACAAUAUGCUUUUCAGAAUUAUCAAGCUAAUGCAGUGAAAAAAUAUAUCAUAAAUAGAAGAAUUUUUCCAGCGGCAAACUUUACAUGUAAAUUACUAGAUGAACUCUACAGCUUUGAUGUUUCCUUCCCCUGUAAACUAAGAGAGGAAGCAACGUUAUCCAACUAUUUUUUGCACCCCAAUUUAAGGGAAUUUGAAGAGAUAUUAAGCGAAAUUGGUCUAAAGUCAACUCUAAGUGAAGAGCUUUUGAUUAAACUUUUUCAAUAUGUUGUAAGAAAUAAUGACUUUGCUUUAAGUAAAAGUCUUCAAAAUUACAUAAUUAAAAAGAAUAUAUCAAUUAAUUCAGAAUUAAAGUGGAUAAGUGAUAUUGAAAUUCACCCUGAAAAUUAUCCCAAUGGGAUUAAUUGGUUUGGUGGGAAGAAAUGUCUGUAUGAUCGACAUUCUGUUUUUAGUGAUAAUCAUUCCUUGUUGGUUGGAGGUGUAAAACCAGUUAUUCCUGACAAGCUCUACCAUUUGUUAAAUUGUGAUUCUACUUUGUCGUUUGACAUUGUAAAUAAGCAAUUUCAAGUUCUCCAGUUACAAAUACGUCAAUUAAGAGGCAAAAAUAUGGAAAAAGCGGAAAACAUAAUCAAAAUACUUUACAAACAGAUUAAUGCCUCUAAUGAUUGGGUGUCCGAGUUCAAGGACCAACAAUGUGCCUGGACAGGAAAGGAAUUUGUUCAUCCUACAAAAUUCAUUAUAAAUAAUGGAAAUAUUCAACUAGAACCCUAUCGAUUCUAUAUUCCCAAUAAUUUUGUAGAAUUCAAAGAAUUCUAUUUAAAAUGCGAUGCAAAAGAAGACCUGGAUUGUAUAAAUGUACUAAUAGAUAUCAGUAAAAAUCCGCCUUCAAGCUGUAAAAAUGGUAUUCGCAUAUGUUCAGAUAUUUUGAACUCUAUUCAAGAUACUAAUUCCUACGAAUUAAAGGAUAUAAUGAUUCCAGUGGAAACAACAGAUUCAUGUACUUUUUCUAUGAAACCGCUGAGCAGAUGUACACAAGCAGCUAUUUCAAACUUUACUGGAGUAGACGAUGAUUGUUACAUCAUAGAAUUUGACGAAAAUAGAUUCAGUUACAUUCUUCAUAAUCAACUAAGACUUAGCGAGGAUACAAAAAAUAUAUUAGAUAUUCGUUCCAUGAAUGAAUCUUUAUUGGAAUUUGAAGACUGGACUCAAUCCGAAGAUUUAUGUCGUAGAUUGAAACAAUUGAUUUCAGAAUAUAAAGAUGGAAUUGGGCCAAUUAAAGAGCUUAUACAAAAUGCUGAUGAUGCUAGAGCAACAACCGUCAAAAUCAUGUUCGAUGAAAGAUCCUCAUCUAUUAAAGACGAAAGCAAAUAUUUUAUCGGUCCAUCCGUUUGGGUUUAUAAUGAUGGACUAUUCAGUGAAAGUGAUUUUGACGCAGUUAAAUCUAUAAAUUCUGGCCACAAAGAAUUGAAAAAGUCAACAAUCGGAAAAUUUGGUAUUGGAUUUAAUUCCGUAUAUCAUUAUACAGAAACACCGUCAUUUAUAUCGGGUAACAACUAUGUUCGAUUUGAUCCCCAUGCUCAGUACUCUGGAAGCCUUUCAAAGAAACAAAGAGGAGGUUAUCGAAUAAAAUUGGAUGAAUCCAAAUUAAAACCAUUAAAGAGAUUACUAUCACCUUUUGAAGGAAUAUUUGGUUGUAAAGUUCCAUCACAAUGUAGAUUUGAUGGAACGCUAUUUAGACUUCAAUUGAGAAGUCGUGAACAAGCUUUUCAAUCUUUAAUUUCUAAAAUAUCAUACGAUUCCGAAAAUAUAGAAGAACUAAUACAGAUUGUACUUAAUUUCUCUAGUGAUCUUCUUCUAUUUACCCAAUGUAUAUGCGAAUUUCAAAUGUUUCAUAUAAAUGCUUCAGGAGGCAUAAAGGAAAUUAUUAAUAUGAAAAAAACACUUGGCAAUGCGCUUAAUACGAAAGCUCUUCAAAUUGAAAAAAUACCGAAAUGCUUAAGGGAAAAAACAAAUUAUAUCGAAGUAAUACAACAUGCAAAUGUCUUAUUGGAUAACUAUGAUUCACAAACAGUAGUCUUGAUAAACAUAGAUAAGAAGGUGGGUUCGGCUUUUAAGUAUUUGAACAAAGGUGAAGGUGACGAAUCAUAUCAAUGGAUUAUUGGACAAAACAAAAUUACAAAUGUCUUACCAGAACUGGAGGAGAGAGGAAGCGUAGCUAUUGGGGGAGUUGCAAUUUGCUUAUCAGAGAAUGUUUCAUAUGACAAUUCCCUGUAUUGUUUCUUGCCGCUUCCUAUUUCUACGGACCUUCCUUUCCAUUUGAAUGGAUCAUUUGCGACAUCACAUGAUCGAAGAAAUAUUAUUAGAAAUACUAAAGGAGAUAGACAUGUAAUUGAACAUGAAUGGAAUAAAUUGCUCUUUGAAAGAGUAAUUCCGUUAGCUCUAAAAGAUACUUUUUCUGCAAUAAAAACAAUAAUUAUAAAUGGUGAAAGCUGUAGAUGGUACGAGCUAUUUCCGACGUUAAAUGUUUAUACUGAUCACUUUAUUGAAAAACUCAUUCGAAUUUUUUAUAGAGAAAUGAUUAAAUCUUCUGAUGGCUGGUUUAUCUUUCAGAUGAACUGGUAUGAACCAAAUGAUAUACGUUUCUUAAGUGAGGAACUAUACAAAUUGGAAGAACUUACAAAUAUUGAUUUAGACACUAUUGCAUUUGAUCUAUUUGAACUGCCAUUUCCUAAAUUGCCUAUGAGUUUACGAAACACUAUUGAAAAAUGCGAAGAAGAAUACUUUAUGAACAGAGUAAUUGAUACCAAAACGUUUUAUUCGAGUCUUGUGGAGAACAGUGAUUCAAUUAACAGCAAACAUUUUGAUUUGAUUAUUAAAAGUGGUCUUGAACAAUUUCCUUCAACGAUAAGUGACAUAUUGGAACGAUCGAAGUGUAUAAGAACAAAACCAAAUGGUAUUUUAAAAUUACCUAAAGAAGUUGUUUUGGAAAAUUCUGAAUUAUCGCCCCUCUUCGAUUUUGAAGAGAAUCGAUUUUGUGAUUGGGAUAAAGAAGACGUCGAAAGUGUGAAAACUGAACUUUCUGCUAUUGGAAUCAUAUCUACUAAACUUAGUGUAGAACAAAUUAUUGAAAGAUGUAAGGUAUUUGAGGAGAAUAGAAAAGAUCCAGACUUUAUUAAUAGAGGACAUUUGAUAUGUUCAGUUAUUCACAAAACACAUUCUUCAGGAACAAUUAUAACCAAUGAACAACUAAAUAAACUAAAGAACAUUUCAUUCAUUCCAAUAAAAGUAAAGUCCGAAAAGUGGGAAUUAGACUGGCACGAUGACGGAUGUACAUAUUUAUAUUCUUCUAAAGCGAUCAGAAAAUGUGAUUUUCGAUUGAUAGCUUUUGUGAAACCAGCUCUAUCAAACCAAGUACCAUUAAGAUUGCCUCAACUCUUGAACAUUGAAGAGGCAUCUGUUGAAGAAGUGUUAGAGAAUGUAAACAUUCUUCAAAAUUGUAAAAUUUCUGAACAAGUAAAGACAAUAUACAAUGAGAUCAUUACUUUUUUAAGUAAAAAAGACUUUAAUUCACAAGAUUUUCCACUUCUUGUUCACCAUAACAAUGGUUUUAAAUUUGAAAAAGAUCAUUCAAAAUGCUAUCGGACCGGUAUUUUUACUAAUCUUGAACCAUUUAUGUUUGAAUGCGUGCGAAACUCCAAUGCUAUCAAAUUUUUAAACAUUCUCCAUGUAAAACAAGAACCUUCAUUCAAUGAUUUCAUUCAAAUUCUGAGCGAAAUCAAGAAGAAAAGUGAUGAGAGUUGUACCUCGAUUUGUGAUGAUGAAGUUAAUAUGAUUAUUUCAAUUCUCAAUGGCUUAAUUGCUGAUAAAACAAAUCUGAAAAAUUUCCUAAUGAAUAACGAUAACCAUAUUUUUGUUCCUAGUACAAACAAUGUUUUGUUAAGCCAUAGAGAUUUAUGUUUUUGCAAUAUUGAUUGGAUUGAUAAAAGUGAACUACAAGUUUGUCAUGAGAAAAUUAGUAUUAAUCUAGCUAAGAAACUAGAAAUUCCAAGUAAUCAAGAUAAAUUCUUUUCUUCAAAAUCUAUUGGAAUAGGAGAAGAAUUCGGUCAGUCAGAGGACUUACUCAGUCGUAUUAGAACUCUUCUUCGAGCAUAUCCAAAUGAUGGAACAAUUAUUAGGGAGAUUAUUCAGAAUGCUGAUGAUGCUGGCGCUACUGAAAUUCAAUUUAUUCUUGACGCAAAUAAGUAUGGAGAUGAGAAAAUAUUUGGAGAUUCGUGGAAACCUUUACAAAAGUGUCCAGCAUUACUCGUCUAUAACAAUGGAAAAUUUCGAAAAGAAGAUUUCGACGGAAUUCAAAGGUUAGGUGAAGGAAGCAAGAAGGAUGAUGUAACUAAAGUUGGAGAAUUUGGUGUUGGUUUUAAUUGUGUAUAUCAUUUAACUGAUGUACCUAUAAUUGUUGCUAAUCAUGAAGAGAGAGGUCCAGUAUUUUGUGUAUUUGAUCCUCAUCGUUCUUAUUUUCCGAAAGCAGAAAAUUUUUUAAAGCCAGGGCGAAUGAUAAGUUUAAAAGAUAUGAAUUCAUAUUCUGAUGUUUUACAGACACUGCCCCAAGAAUUUGACCUAGAAAACGGAGUUCUAUUCAGAUUUCCACUUAGAGAUAAUAAAAUGGCCAACAGGUCCAAACUGUCUGAUCGACCAUUGCGUUUUAAAGAAGCAGAAAAAAUUUUAGAAGAUCAUUUUCAUAAAACUGUAAAAGAAUCUUUAUUUUUCUUGAAUAAUAUUCAAAAGAUUGUAUUUAAAAAGAAGAUUGGCGAUUCAUAUGAGAAUAUAUCUUGUAUAUCAACUUCAAGGGAACCGUUUAGUAAGAAGAGCCAGCAAACUAAUUUCACUCAAGAAGUUUAUAAUAAUGAUCGUUUUGAUCCUCUUUCUUUAUGCUAUUAUCUCAAAAUAAGUGAUUCAAAGAAAUAUGAAAAAUGGUUAAUUUAUCGUUCAUUUGGUUUUAGGGAAAUCGAUAAUUUGCCAAGCGAUUUAAGUAAUGAAAAGUUUAAUCCUGAAGCUGGUGUUGCUCUUCCAAUCAAAUUGGAAACUUCGGAGGGAAUAAAGAAAAAGAUAUUUUGUCAUCUACCUUUACCUAUUGAAAGUCAUAUGCCUGUUCAUAUUAAUGGACGUUUUUAUUUAGACCAUGAAAAUCGAAGAGCUAUCCGAAAAAAUGAAGACUCAGACAAUGCAAUUGAAGUUCGAUGGAACUUGUACGUUUUCAAUAAACUAAUAGGCUAUUGCUAUGCUAGAAUUAUUGAAAAAUUAAAAAUUUUAGUUACGGAAAAAGAAUUGACUUUCAAUAAUUUUUAUAGUUUUUUCCCAAAAUUACACAAGGAAGAUACUUUCAUUAAGGGAGUGUGUGAAGGCUGUAUGAGUUACUUAAAGAAGAGUAAAAUAUUUGCUUUUGAAUCCUCAAAUUCCGCAAUAGAAUGGUUGUCAUACAAUGAACAUAAUAAGAAUUAUCUGUUAUAUUUUCAAUUUGAUCGUAAAUCAGUCGUUAAUAUAUUAAAAGAUAUUGGUAUGAAAAUAACAGAAGUACCUACAACGUUAAAAGAAGAAUUUGCAGCAGGUCAUAUGGAUAUUUAUGAAGUGAAUGAAACUGAAGUUGUCAAAUUUUUACUAUCGAAAUACCAUUGUUUUGGUAAACUUCCUCUUCAUAUCACCGAGACACCCUUUAUGAAAGUACAACGGUUAGAGAGUGUUAUUAAAUUUAUCGAUACGGAAUUUGAAUCAAAGCAUAAUAAUCAGAAGAAAUGUGACAGCAAAAAUGAUGAUUUAGAGAGGUUGCCUUUAUUUUUGAACGAAGAAGAUGAGUUAGAUGUAUUCGAUCCAUAUAAUUUGAUAAUAGCAACAGAAUACACUCUGUUAUUUCAAAAUAUGAAAGAGAAUGUUGUAAACAAGAAAAUCAUUAAAACAAGUUUGAUUUAUAAACUUAAAAAAACGGGAGUAGUACGAGAAGCCACUACGGAUUUGUUAGCUCAAUAUAUAGUCGAUAAUAUCCCAGAAGAACUUGACAAAUCAAAACAGAUUGUAGAAUAUCAUGAGAAAUAUGAAGAAUAUAUUGCCAACUUCUGGAAAUGGGCGAAAGAUCAACACAAGGGAUCACUAGUAGCAAUUACAGCAAUUUUACAGCAAUUUUCAAAUUAUUCCCUUCUACCUUGUAAAUCCAGUGACAAAAUUUACAUUAUCCCUUUAAAGUAUCAUAAAGCAAUUUGUUCGGAAAAUAAUGACAUGAUUACAAAGUUGAAUAUUUUUCAACGAGACAACAAUAAGGUGGAAUUUAACCAAUACAUUCCAGAUUUAAUUUAUACCAAAAAUGAUAACAUUUCUGAUUUUAUUUUGUGUUUGACAUUAUAUGAUGGGGAUAUUCUGCCGAAGCUGAAUUAUCAAAACUUGGAAAAGGAAGAGUUAAGAAAAAUAUUUCGUUGGGUUUUAGAAAUUGAAAAAGACGCUGAUAAUACUAAGCUACUUCAUCUACCCGUUUUCGAAACGAUUGGUGGAAAAUAUACAUCUUUAUUUGAAAAGCAUAUUUAUACGUUGAAAACCUGCGCGUAUCUAGAUUUUACAAAUGAAAAUUCAUGGAAACCUAAUGAUAUUCACAUUUUAGACUAUAAAGUUUACAAGACAAGUAAUAUUUGGAACAAUUUACUUAAGUACAAAGCGAAACUUGUUUCACCGCUAUUUUUCUUUGAGAAAUAUAUUUUAAAAAAAUUUCCUGAUCUUGAAAUAGAGGAACAAAUUAAACAUUUACGUAAUUUAUCAACGUGUCUGAAACUCGAACAAGAAAUUAAUGAAGCGAAAUAUUACACUGAAAGUCUGAAAUCCAUUGAAUUUGUUCAAUGUUUAGAUGAAAAAUAUCGGAAACCAUCAGAUACAUUUAGUAUGAAUAUGAGUAAACUUGCAGACAAAUUUGAUUUCAAAAGAAUCCCAAUUUAUAAAAAGAUAUUAUCUGAAACAGAUAGUCACUAUUAUAACUCUUUGAAUUGUUUGGAGGAACUUUUGAUAGAUUUAGGAAUGAAAGAGAUUAUUUCAUCUGAUAUUUGUCUUGGAUUCUGUGAAAUAGCUUCAAAAAAUCCCGAACAGCAAUACGAUGUGCAAAUACUUCAAUUCCUUUUCUACAGUGAUAUAUCUGAAUGGCCUGCCUCUCAGUUAGACAAGGUUAUCAAUUAUCCUUUUAUUUAUCCUGCUAAAGUCAAAAACGAAUAUGAAAAGUUGAGCAAAUGUACUAAAACUCUAAUUUCAAUCAAUAAUUCAUAUCUAAAUACUAAAGAGGCAAAAUAUGCAUUGUUUUGGACAGCUUUUCCAAUGCUUCCGUAUAUCGAUACAAUAUCAAUUGAAAAUUUUCCUAAAUUUAAAACUUUAAACGUUAAAACUAAAGUUUCCAUUACAGAUUUGAUUGAACAUCUGAAAAAUUUAAAUGUAAUUUUGAGGGAAAAAAUAGAAAAUGACUGUGACAAAGUUAAAAUGAUAUUUGAAAUAUAUGGUUAUAUUUUUAAAUAUUUAAGUGAAGUUAAAGAAUCAAAAGAAGACGUCAAAAAUAUUCUACGUGUACCGAUCCCCGAUGACGAUAAUAAUGCAAUAAUUGAUAUGAUCAAAAUACAGAAUUUAUACGAAGACAAAGAUAAUUACAAUAUUCCUGGAUAUUUUUGUAAGAGACCAGAAUACUUGUUUCCACAUCAAUCAUUAUUAUAUGAAAUGGGACUAGUGAAGAAGGUUGAACCUCAAAUUUUAUGUAAUAUUAUGAGUGAAAUUUAUGAAUAUACUAAUCAGGGUAAUGUUCCUUUAAAUGAAAAAAAUUUACAUGCAGCUAAGUCAGCAAUAAAAUAUCUUCAAUUCAUCAUUCAAAAUCGAAAAAUUGAUCAAAUUGAAUCACAGCUGUAUCUGAUAACAAGAGAUGAAAAUGGUAAAUACUUUUUAAAACCUUCGCAGGAGCUUUAUUUUAUUGAUAUAGAAAUUCACAAACAAUUAGAAGCAAAACUGAUAAAUUAUAAAAUUAUCGUAUGUUUUGACUUGAAUUUAUCAAAAGCUUUCUUUGGUCGCUGGAAUAAAAAAUUUUUGCCUAAAAAUAUAUCAGAACUUGUUGAAGAAACAAUUGAAAGUUUCAAUGAGUGCUCGUCUAAUUGUAGCUCUGUUGGUGAUUUCUGGAAAGAUCGUUUGAGGUCUCUGCUAUUAAAAACAGCUCUAACUUCAAUUCUUUGUCAAAUUGGUGUUGAAAGUACUAAAGAAAAAUAUCUGAAAAGAUUAUCAAAUAUUGAGAUCAAAUUAGUAUCAAACUUGAUUAUUUCGUUGCGUUUUGCAGCUAAAAAACAUAAAAAAAGCCACAGCUACUUCAUCGAUAAUAGAAAUGAGCAGAUUGUAAUUUACCUAAAUGUGGAUUUUAAAAAUGAGGUAUUGAAAAUUGAUUUUAGAGAACAAGCUAAACAGUUGGCAAAGUACAUUUUGUUCGAUUUAAAAGUUGACGAAGAAAGGGUUGUACACGUUUUCUUCGACUGUCUUUACACGCAGAAUGUAAACGAUAUACAGAAAAUAUUAGAAGAAAAUGGCUUCAGUUUACAAUACUGUAAUGAAUAUGAUAGCCUAUCCUGUAGAAUCUUGCUCGAAGGAGAGAUUUUAGAACUGUUUUUCCUAAGAUCAGAGUUCCAAAAAAAUGAAGUAGUAGUAUUUCAGGAAACAACCAGUUUAAGUCGUUUUCUCCCUAAAAACGCUAGUGAUGAAAAAUAUGAAGCUAUAUUUUAUGUUAGUCAGGUUAUUGAAAUUUUUUCAACCGAUAAAGACAAUAUCUGGAAUAAUGAAUACAUUAUUGAAUAUCAACCGCAAAAGCAUAUAAAAGUAAAAGGAUACGAGCUGUUUUACAUCAAAACGGAUACUAACAAAGAAAUAAUUGAUAAUUAUGUAAAAAAUUCUGAAAAAGAAUCAGUGGAAAAAGAUCUGUUACUAUUAAAACUAUUUGAUACAGAAGUACAAAAAAAGUGUAUAAUUGAGACAUUCUUCAACUGGUUGGAAGAAAAACAUAAUGACAACUAUAAAGCUAAAUGCGCGAAGAUGAAAACAGUCAUUCAUGAAAUUGUAAAGCUUAAUUUUACACAGGAAGUAAUAGAAUUUAUUGAAGAAAAACUGGAAAUUACCGCAAAAGAAAGAAUUAAGGCACACCAAACGUUCCAAUCGAAAAUAGAACUUUUAUCAAAGAAUCAAGGAUUUAAUAAUUCACAGUAUUAAGAAUAUAUUUAAAUGUUUUUCUUGUUUAUAAGUAAUUAAUCUUUUUUAGUUCUUGCCUGUUUUAUCGCAGCUGUGAAGAACCCAGCCCCCUUUCUGCUAAACAGUAUAUUCAAUUAGCUAAGGAAGACUUGCAAGCAGUUCCAAACGAUUAUGCCUACGAUCAUAUAGCGAGCCGAUGGGCACUAUAUAAAUGUCAUCAAGCUUGUGAAAAGGCUCUUAAAUCUCUCAGAUUCCUAAAUUCUUCAGACAACUCUCACAGUCACAGUUUAAGCGCUUUAAUGCCUUUUGAUGUGCCAGAUGAUAUUAGAGAAGCUGUAAAUACAGUGACCAGAUUCAUAUGUGAUCCAUCCAGUUUAAGAUAUUCUUUACGGAACAAUUCGGAAACUGUAGAGACUAUUCUAUUAAUUGAGAAGAAGAUUCGUAUAGUUGUAGACUAUGCACAAGAGAAGAUAAAAAAUUUUAAAUAGACCAUAAUCCUAACCAAAAGACAUUUAUUCGUUUAAAACAGUAGUUUUAUUAAAAACGCUUUUAUUGUAUCAAAUGAUGAAUAAUCGAAAAUAUUUCCUUUGAAAAAUAAAUUUUUAGCAUAGACACAU